AUGGCAAGUGCAACAGAGAAUAGAUCCGGAGUAGAAUUACUACCAUGCAGCUUCAGAUUUUAUAAUUUUGUUGCCAUAAUCAAUGAUACUAAUAUUAAUUGCCAGUUAAUAAGAAUGGAAGAUUCUUUAUAUCUGUGGAUUGGAGAUUCCAUUAAUGGUAGCAUGGAAGACUUGUCUUUUGCUCUCACAUCAAGUUUUGAGAGACAGCCUAUUGCAACCAAAAUUAUAGGUUCUAUAGCAGAUGCUACAUCUACAAAUAUGGCUAAGAGAUUAAGCAUGAAGUUUGGAAAAGCAGUAUAUGUUAGUUUUAAUAUAACUCCGAACAAUAUAAUUUUACCUGUAAUUGAAAGUAGAAUUCAAGAAGAGUUUAAGGCACAUAUAGAUCUCUAUUAA